AUGGUAAUGCUUUACCAUCCAUGGCGUGAUGAACAUCGGGGCCUCAUUGAAAAUGAUAACGAACAAACUUGUGUAGAAAAUCAUGUUUCAAUAGAGGAAAAUCAAAGACAGUAUGAUGUUUUUGAUCAACGAGAGCUCGAAAAUGUUUUAAAUCAUCUUCGCGAUGAAGUAGAUGUUGAAACAAUUGAGCAACAUAACCCACCUGUUGUAGAUAACGAGUUUAGGGUUCUAGCACUUCCCGAAAUAGACCCUGGCUUGAAUUUGCUAGAUAUAAAUGAAGGAGAUCCAUCUAAUAAUGAUGGGGACUCAGGCGGGAAUCGCGAGUCUUACUAUCAAGCCGAUAUGAGUGUGCCUUCGAACUUUCGUGCUGAUUUAACGGAUUACAGGGAUUCACGAUUUGAUCGGGGCCAUCUGGCAGCCGCUGGCAAUCAUAAAUGCCAUCAGACACACUGUAAUGAGACAUUUUAUCUGACCAAUAUUGCACCACAAGUCGGAAAGGGCUUCAACCGUGAUGCAUGGAAUAAUUUAGAGAUUUAUGUACGUGAAUUAACUGAGCGUUAUGGCUCCGUUUAUGUUUGCACCGGUCCUAUUUAUAAGCCGAAACGUCAGCUGCGCGGUGUCAAUGAUGCGGAGAAUUGCAGAAAGGUAGAUGGCAAAUGGUGUGUGGAAUAUGAAGUGAUUGGUGAGAAUACUGUGGCGGUGCCAACGCACUUUUUCAAGGUUAUCACUGUCGAAUCAAAGCUACCAGGCGGUCCGCCCUAUAUGGAGGCGUACAUAAUGCCAAAUGCACCUAUUAGUAGCAGUACGAAUAUACGCAACUUCCUGGCCGAUAUUAGAGAAAUUGAGCACAUUGCAGGACUGCAAUUUUUCAAUGGCCUUCGUCGAAGCUUCUUUUUUGGGACCAAUUACAGUACGGCAUGUGAUAUAUACAGAAAUUUUGUUUGAAUAAUUGUAUGGGGAAGGUGGAUUUGAGGGGAGAUAAUAGAUGGUUACGAUUUUAUGGUGUGCUAAUUAAGGCUUUUAUGUAAAAGUGAA